AUGGUGUAUGUUGUUGAUUCUGUGCUGGGUUCUGUGCUCAUACUGGGCUCUCUACUUGAAAUGGGUUCUGUACGUGUACUAGGUUCUGUGCCUGUAGUAAUUUCUAUGCUUGUACUUGGUUCUGUGCUUGUACUGGGUUCUGUGCUUGUACCGGGUUCAGUGCUUGUACCGGGUUCAGUGCUUGUCCUGGGUUCUGUGCUUGUACUGGGUUCUGUACUUGUACUGGGUUCUGUACUUGUACUGGGUUCUGUGCUUGUACUGGAUUCUGUGCUUGUACUGGGUUCUGUGCUUGUACUGGGUUCUGUGCUUGUACUGGGUUCUGUACUUGUACUGGGUUCUGUGGUUAAGCUGGGCUGA